AUGGGUGUCACUGGCCUCUGGACGGUCGUGCAGCCGUGCGCUCGCCCUAUCAAACUCGAGACGCUCAACAAGAAACGAUUAGCUGUCGACGCGUCGAUCUGGAUCUAUCAAUUCUUGAAGGCGGUGCGAGACAAAGAAGGCAAUGCGCUCCGGAAUUCUCAUAUCGUUGGGUUCUUUCGCCGCAUAUGCAAGCUGCUGUAUUUCGGGAUCCGGCCUGUCUUCGUCUUCGAUGGCGGGGCCCCCGUCAUGAAAAGGCAGACGAUCGCUGGCCGAAAGAAGAGACGCGAGGGUCACAGAGAAGAUGCUGCGAGAACAGCGGGAAAGUUGCUUGCCGUACAAAUGCAACGUAGUGCGGAAGAGGAGGACGCUCGCCGACGCAAUAAGAGUCGGAGACAAGAGGAGGAAGAGGUGCCAGAUGCUCCGGUCUACGCAGACGAGGCUUUCAUGACAGAGACAGAAAAGCGACAAAAUCGCAAGUUCAAGAAGAAGGAUGCGUACCACCUACCUAACCUAGACGUCUCGCUUCAGGAUAUGGGAGCACCAAACGAUCCACGCAUCAUGUCCCAAGAGGAACUGGAGGAGUAUGCUAGACAUUUCCACCAGGGUCAAGAUAUCAACCUUUACGAUUUUUCCAAAAUCGACUUCGACAGCAUGUUCUUCCUUACGAGGCUAAGGAGCCGACUUCGAAUGGGUUAUUCGAAAGAGCAGUUAGAUACCAUGUUUCCAGAUCGCAUGGCGUUCUCGAAAUUUCAAAUCGACCGUGUCGCGGAACGAAAUGACCUUACGCAACGACUAAUGAAUAUAAACGGCAUGAACGGAGAUGAAGCAUUCUACAAAUCUGGGCAGCGUAUCGCGGGAGAACGUGGCAGGGAAUACGUGCUUGUCAAGGAUCGUGAACAUGAAGGUGGCUGGGUCCUAGGUGUUGUGGGGAACAGGGAAGGCCAAGAAGAAAAGCCCAUCGAUCUAGAUCGACCUGAGAUACUGUCUGAUGAGGACGAGGUGUCGGAUGAAGAUGAGUUCGAGGACAGGGGUGUAUUCGACCGGUCGCUUCAACUCGAGAUGGACGAAAACUUAGAUAUGAGAAGGGCUAUACAAGAAUCGCGUCUUGCUUCACAGCGACAGCUAGUGAAUGAAAAUCGUGUACGAGAGGCUGAAGAUGACUCGCUUUUUGUUGAAGCCGAGGGAAAUGUUGGCACACAGGAGCCGAACAACGAAACUGAGGAUUUCUUUGAUGGCGACGAUGAUGACCUCGAACGAGCCAUUGCCCUUUCGUUACAACCGGAUAAAGCAGUUGAUGACGAAGAUAUGCCUGAUAUACACAUCCCUCGACCGGUCAAAUCAGCUCCGUCCUAUGGGAUGGGGCCAGAUAUUGAUUCCGAGAGCGAUGAUGGGAUGGACUUUUCUGCUGCCAUAGCAAGAACAAAGGUCUCGAAGAAAGCCCCAUAUGCACCAAAUCCAUUCGGUGGUCCUCUCCCUUUUGAAUCCAUCAAACUCACUAAAGUCGCGAAAGAUAAUACUAAAGCUGGCGAUGUUGGUGAGGAUGCAGGGGGUUUCGUCAAGGAGCCUACAAAGAAGCCAAAACAGGCUGACCCACUUCCUCCAUGGUUUGUGGGUGAACCCUCAGAUGCGGAAUUCAUCGUUGAUCCCGUCGAAGAUCCUGAAAAGGAUGAGAGACCAGCGGCGCCAGAUCAUCUGUUCCUGUCCAAUCGUCGCUCGCCAGACAUUAUCGAUAUAGAUGAAAGUUCCGCCACCAAGGAAGUUGUUGAUCUAGAGGAGGAAGAUGAAGAGGAAGAGAAAGAGGAGGAGAAAUCCAAACAACCCUUUCAAGUGGAGGACAUUGAAAAGAUUUACAACGAGCUUUCUACAAAUCCGGAUGAGAAGCCUUUGAGUGAACAAGUUCCGGCCCCGAUCACCACAAAGCUUGAUGAGCCGUCUCCACGCAGGGGACAUUCUCCUUCGCCAGAAUUUGAAGACGUUGUCCCUCAUGUUCCCAACAAAGGCCCCGAGAUCACUGUUGUAUCCCAUCAAAAGGCUCAGCCACAGCCUCAGCUCUUCGAAGAGGUCGAUCGAAUGGAAGAUUUCGUGCAGGACCAAGCCGACUACAGUGACCCGGAGGAUGAAGAGCUGUUCAAGCAGCUUGCAGCAGAGGGCGAGGAGCAUUUGCGAUUUGCCAAUACCCUUAAUUCUGCUGCUCCUCACCAGGAAGCCUUUGACUACGAGCAAGAACUAAAGCAACUACGGUCUCAGCAGAGAAACGAGCGUCGCGAUGCAGACGAGGUGACCACUAUUAUGAUCAAUGAGUGUCAACAGCUCCUGACGCUCUUCGGACUACCCUAUAUCACCGCGCCUAUGGAAGCCGAAGCGCAGUGCGCCAAAUUGGUAUCGCUAGGCCUUGUGGAUGGGAUUGUCACGGAUGACAGUGAUAUCUUCCUCUUCGGGGGAACGCGAGUCUACAAAAACAUGUUCAACCAAAGUAAAUUCGUCGAGUGCUACUUGACGUCCGACCUGGAGAAAGAGUACGCCCUCCAUCGACAGAAGCUUAUCAGCUUUGCCCAUCUGUUGGGCAGCGAUUACACAGAGGGCAUUCCCGGGAUUGGUCCAGUCACAGCCCUAGAGAUACUCACUGAGUUUUCCAGCCUCGAAGAGUUCCGCGAUUGGUGGACUAAAUUGCAAACGGGCACAAAUACUGCAGACGAUGCUCACGUUGCCUUCCGAAAGAAAUUUCGAAAGAAGGCAUCCAAGAUCUUCUUGCCUCCUUCCUUCCCUGAUGCCAGAGUUGAUGAGGCAUACCUGGAACCCACGGUCGACGACGACCCUUCCCAAUUCCAAUGGGGUGUUCCUGAUCUGAAUGGGCUACGGGCCUUCCUCAUGACCACAAUCGGCUGGAGCCAAGAGCGGACAGAUGAAGUCCUGGUACCGGUAAUUCGUGACAUGAAUCGGCGAGACCAGGAAGGCACACAGUCCAACAUCACACAAUUCAUGCAAGGUCCACAGGGCGCGGGUGCGUUUGCGCCUCGCGUUCGUACAGGUGGACCCAGCCGCAUGGAAAAGGCAUUUAGUCGGCUACGUCAGGAAGCUCAGACAGGCGGAACCUCGCGAUCCGGUGAGCCAGCUAUCGGGGAUGCAGAGGGAGAAGAAGAAGCCUCCGUUUCGCAGAAUAAAGGCAAAAGAGGUGGCUCAGCCACCAAAGCCAAGGCUGGAACGAGUAAAAAGCGAAAAACACAUCGCGCUAACUCUCCUGAGCCAUGA